AAACAAGCAAAUUUAAAAAGUACCCGUAAUAUUCUGAAGUCUGUUUCACAGAUAAAAACGUAUGGCGGACCUCAUCUCAAGCUGGUCAAACAAAUUAGAAGCAGUUCCUUCAAGUCAUUGCAUACCAUUACAUGAAAGACCAGUUGAUCCAGUUCCAAUUGUUAAGGAUAUUCCAAUAAUUGAUUUGGGAAAAGCUAAGGUUGAAGAACGAGCUGUUGUUGUCCAACAGCUUCUCAAAGCUUGUCAAGAAUAUGGGUUUUUUCAGGUAAUCAAUCAUGGAGUACCGGAAGAUCUAAUGGAUGAGGCAAUGAAAGUGUACAAAGAAUUCUUCAGUUUGCCAGUGGAAGAGAAAGCGAAUUAUGCAAAGGAAGCAGCAAAUAAUACAGCAAGAGGUGCAGCAACACUGUAUAGUAGCAGUGCAAAGCAUUAUGAUUCAGAGGAACAUCGAUACUGGAGGGAUGUCUUGGAACACAGCUGCAAUCUUGAUGGUGAAGACAAAAUAACUUGGCCUGAUAACCCUCCAAGAUAUAGGGAGGUUAUUGGUACAUAUUCUGAUGAAGUGAGAAAGCUAAGCAAGAUCAUCUUGGCUUUGGUAAGUGAAGGGCUAGGGUUGGACGCAGGGUACUUUGACAAAGAACUUGGACAGAGAAUGCUUGUCAAUCACUAUCCAGCAUGCCCAAAUCCAAGUUUAACUUUGGGAGUUGGUGGACAUUGUGAUCCUAAUCUCAUAACCAUUAUCCAACAACAAGUAUAUGGCCUUCAAAUAUUGAAGGAUGAGAAAUGGAUCGGUGUGGAGCCUCUACCUCAUGCAUUUGUUGUCAAUUCUGGUUUACCACUAACGGUAAUUAGCAAUGGGAAGCUGGCAAGUGUUGCACAUAGAGUGGUGACGAACACAACUCAAGCACGUACAUCCAUUGGUACUUUUAUUUGUCCUGAAGAUGUUGUUGAACCUGCAAAAUCACUUGUUGGUCCGGACAAUCCUCCACUGUUCAAAUCCUUCAAAUGGGGCGUUGAGUUUAUGCCACAUUACCUCAGCAAGAAAUCGGUCUACCACGCAGCAUUGGAGCCUUUCAAAGUCGAUGCUUAAGCAUUUGUGUGUGAGAAUGAUGGGAGUCUCAGCUACUAGUUUGAAUUUCCACCAAAAUAAGAGCUUUAAUUUGCAAUGUCUCUGUAAUUUGUAACCUAGGUUUUGAUCGAGCUUGUUGUUCAUGAAUAAGAAGCUUUGAUUCCUUUUUUCUGCA